ACCGCUCCGGAUUUUCCACCGGUCUUCGCCAAUGGCUUCCUCCACCCUCGCCUCCUCCCCAUUCCUCCCGUCGCUCGCCACCCCGAACCAGAAGCGCAUCUCCCUACGCCUCCCCGCUCGCCGUCUCCCGGUAGCUGCCUCCGCGGCUCCUAAGGGCGCAGCGGCUGCGGAGGCGGCGAGGGAGCGGCGGCGAUUCCUAGAGCGGUACGGCCUCAACCCCGAUGAUUACGAGGAAGAUACCGAGCCGGACCCCAGGGAAGAAAGGAGGAGGGAGAGGCGGAUGCGGAAGUCGGGGAGAGGAGAGGAGGGGGCCGCGGUUGCUCCGGCAAGGCCGGUGGAGCGCCGGGAAACUCAUAAAAUGCUUCAGGUACUAGCAGGGAAAGUACGCAGAAGAAAAUUGCUUUCACCAAAAGAUAGGAACGUUCGUCCAAUGAUGGAAGUUGUCCGUGGAGCAGCCUUUGACAUUUUACAAUCAGCUGGUGGUUCUCCUGCUUCACUCAGGCCUGGUCUGUGGUUAGACUUGUACAGUGGUACUGGAUCUGUUGGAAUUGAAGCUAUGAGCCGAGGCUGUUCAGAGGCGCAUUUUGUCGAGAUGGACCCUUGGGUUAUUUCUGAGGUCCUUAAACCUAAUCUGGACUGUACUGGAUUUCUUGGUGUUUCACACAUACAUAUGCUUCGUGUUGAAAACUUCUUGGACAAUGCUGAAAAAUCUAAAGGCUCAGGUAGAUAUCCUUCUUUUGAUUAUAUUAGUGUUACACCACCGUAUGUUGAGGUAAACUACAGUACACUACUGGAUCAACUUUCAAGGUCCCCGUUGGUUGGAGAAGAUUGCUUCAUUCUAGUUGAGUACCCUCUGAAAACAGAUAUGCCUGAAUCCUGUGGAGACCUAAUAAAGAUAGCUGACAGGAGGUUUGGUAGGACAAACCUGCUAAUCUAUGGGCCAACAUGGUCAGAGAAAAAGAAAGGGCAGGUCCUGAGAUGAUUUGGGUAUCAUUGAGGCAAGUUUUGCACACAAGCCAUUUUGCAGAUCAGUACCGGCUGAAACAGAGUGAUGUUGUAAUCAUGCCAUCGUAUAUCAUGGACAGUACCAAGUAAGGAAGAAGGCUAAUUAUUUUGCUGGUAUAGCCG